AUGCCAUGGUUGAUAUGUGGUGAUUUUAAUGCCCUUCUCUAUUCACAAGAUCGACUCUAUGGGAAUCCAGUUCAGUUUACCGAGGUUAAGGAGUUCAAUGACUGUAUGCAAGACCUAUCACUUACAGAAUUGAACUGGAGAGGUGAUUACUAUACUUGGUCCAACAAGCAACAUGGAGAUGAGAGGAUAUGUAGCAGACUUGACAGAGCCAUAGGGAAUUUUGAAUGGAUGCUUAACUGGGGUCACCUUACACUAGAAUAUGGUGUCCCGAAUGUCUCCUCGACCAUGCAACACCAGUCCUUUAUACCAACUGUUCAAGCUACAUGGGCACAACAAAGUAGCACAGGACCAAUGAGGAAAAUAUGGCACAAACUAAAGAUCCUCAAACCAGCCCUCAAGAAAUUAAAUGCUGAGGAGUUCAAGACAGUUACUCAGAAAAUCUCUCAAGCAAGAACUGAUUUGGCUGUAACGCAGGAAAUGCUGAUCACUCACUGGUCUGAUGAUUUGCAACAGGAGGAGAAACUUAUCUUGUAG